AUGCCGCCCGAGUUCUCCCCGCGGCUGCGGGAGCUCCGUGGGGACUCUGUGGGGCCGAAGCCGCCUCGACGGCCACCGUCACAGCGAAGCCCCGAAGUCAACAGGCUCUUAACUUUCAACUUGGCCUUGACCUCCGGAUUAAGCCCGACCUUUCCAUGGAGGAAGCGGGGUGAGAUGCAGGGGAGCGGCGGCCCCGUCGGCAAACACGGGCCGCCCGUCGCGGCCGCCGAGCCCCAGCGCCCAAGCCGGGAUACACACACUGACCUGAAGACGCGGCCCACGGCCAUGCCAGCGCAGUGUGUGGCAAUAGCUGUGCGAAAGCAGAUAGAUACAGGUUUCAGCCUUUGGCAGCUGAAAGUGGGGGUGCGCGACUAUGAGCGUGAGCCCCAGGAGCCCCGCGACCCCCCGGGCCUCGAGGGGCUCCUGGCAGCCGGCGGCUUCGCAGGCGGCCAGGGCAGGGGGUUGCUACCACCUCCCGCACCGGCUCUCGGUGGCCCCUCGCCCCCCGCCGGGAUGAACCCCGGCGCCGCCGCUCCGCUGCCCUACGGAUACUUCGGCAGCGGGUAUUACUCUUGCCGUGUCGCCCGCAGCGCCCUCAAGGCCGGUCCGCCCCAGGGCCCCUUCCCCGGCGAGAAAUACCUGGAACCCCCCGCCGGCGGCGAGGACUUCCAGAGCCGCCCCGCCGAGUUCGCCUUCUACCCCGGCUACGGGGCCCCGUACCAGCCGGUCGCCGGUUACCUGGACGUGUCGGUGGUGCCGGGUUUGGGCGGUCCCGGGGAGGCCCGGCAUGAGACUCUGCUGCCCGUGGACGGUUACCAUCAGCCGUGGGCUCUGGGCGGCGGCUGGAGCAGCCAAAUGUACUGCCCCAAAGAGCAGGGGCAGGCAGGGUACCUCCUGAAAUCCGCCUUUGCAGACUCUGCCGGGCAGUUGCCACCCGACGGCUGCUCCUUCCGCCGGGGCCGCAAGAAGAGGGUCCCUUACAGCAAGGGGCAGCUGCGGGAGCUGGAGAAGGAGUACGCCAGCAGCAAGUUCAUCACCCGCGACAAGAGGAGGAAGAUCUCCGCCGCCACAAACCUCACGGAGCGGCAGAUCACCAUCUGGUUUCAGAACAGGCGGGUGAAAGAGAAAAAAGUCGUCGCCAAAAUCAAAAGCAGCAGCAGCACUCCUUGA